AUGACAAAGGCAGCGCAGGCGGAGGUGAAAGCGCCCCUCACUUUCGCGGAGCGGCUCGGCAUCUCGCAGGUCAUGCAUCAGAAUCCGGAGCUGGCUCGGUCCUUCCUCCGAGAAGCCUCCGUUCUCCGAGAUCCGUGCGGAACAGCCGUUUGGAAUGGAGAAGGAGCUGCGCCGAGCCUUACGGACAGCGAGAAAGCAAAGGCGGCGGCGAUUGCGGCGGCGCAGGGGCGCGGCAAGACGGCUUUCUUUGCGUACCUGUCGAGCGACUUCAAAAACAGCGUGCUGCGCCUCUCGGGCGCAGAGGGAGCUGAGGCGGUGGCGAGCGCGGGGAGGGGCCGCACGAGCUUCUUCGCAGCGCUUCCGGGCACCGUCAAGUACGAUGCGCUCCAGCGGUGGCAGGAGCAGCAGGCCCGUGCUACAGGCGACGGGGAGGGGGAGGGCUCGCUGGCCGCCCCUGCGCGAGGGGAGCUGGCGAAGCUCUCUGUCUCGGUGGGAGUGCCGAUGAUCGGCUUCGGCUUCGCGGACAAUUUCCUGAUGAUCACCUUUGGCGAGACCAUCGACUCGCACUUCUCGCAAUACGUGAGCACGAUGGCAGCCGCCGGCCUAGGCAACCUGAUGAGCAAUCUCGUGGGUCUGCGGCUCGCCGACGCCAUUGAGCAGGCCAGCGAGAGGAUGGGCCUGCCUACGCCGCGGCUGUCAGCCGCGCAACGAGCAACCACGGCGGCACGCAUCGCCUCCUUUGGGGGGCUGUCGGCAGGCGUCACGAUUGGCUGCUUGCUCGGGAUGUCGCCGCUGCUCUUCGUUACGUGA